UACACUGAUACAAUUUAGUUCCCCGUAAUGAACUGUCCUAGAGUUGCGGUACGAAGUUGGAGGCUUUAAGAGCGGGGAACACCAUGCACAUCGCAGAGCUCGCGCUCUCUUUCCUACUCGUCGUGAUCAUCGUAGUGUCGCUGCUGUCCAACGUGCUGGUGCUGAUCUGCUUUCUGUACAAUGCCGAAAUUCGCAAGCAGGUUCCUGGGUUGUUUAUACUCAACCUGACGUUCUGCGACCUGCUUCUGUCCGCCUCCAGCAUGCCGCUGACACUUUUUGGGGUUUUGAGUAAUGCACAUCCCGGAGGACACGUUUUCUGUCAGGUGGUCGGGUUUCUGGACACUUUCCUGACCACCAACUCCAUGCUGAGUAUGGCUGCGCUCAGCAUCGAUCGGUGGGUUGCUGUGGUGUUCCCUCUGAGUUAUCAUUCCAGGAUCCGACACCGGGACGCUGUGCUCGCACUGGCUUACACGUGGGUCCACUCCUUGUCCUUCUCUGUGGUUGCCGCGUGCCUCUCCUGGGUGGGCUACCAUCAGCUGUACGCUUCGUGCACGCUCUGUAACGGCAGGGCGCUCCAUGCCAAGACGCAGUUCGCGAUUUACACGCUGGUGCUGCACACGCUCACGUUCCUGCUGGUGUCAGUGGUGCUCUGCGUCACGUACCUGAAAGUGCUCAAAGUAGCGCGCUUUCACUGUAAGCGCAUAGACGUGAUCACCAUGCAAACGCUCUUAUUGCUAGUGGACAUUCACCCGAGUGUUCGUCAGCGCUGUCUGGAGGAGCAAAAAAGGAGGAGACAGAGAGCCACCCGCAAAAUUAGUACCUUCAUCGGAACCUUCGUCGUCUGUUUCACCCCUUAUGUCAUCACCAGGAUCGUGGAGCUGUUUAUGACAGAGCCAUUUAAUCCAUAUUGGGGCGUGCUGUGUAAGAGUCUGGCUUACAGCAAAGCUGCAUGCGACCCUUUCGUCUACUCUCUUCUGCGACACCAGUACCGGAAGACCUGCAGUGACAUAAUCAAUCGACUCAUGAAGCGCAGUUCCCCGAACGACUCCAGGCAUCAGCAGGAAAAUGGAAAGAUUGGAAGAGCUAAGGAAAUCGUAAAGGAUGGGGAAGUCGAAGCCAGACCUACAGACUGAGGUCUCCUGUUGCUAUAGAGAUGAACAAUCACAAAGGUAGAGCUUCGCCUCUGGAAGGAGAGAGAAGAAUGAAAGUAGAAAAGACAGCGGGAUACCAGGCUCUGCAUUUCUCAACUCAAAAAGAAUUCAAGAUGUAACUGUAGCAAAAGAGAUUUAAGUAGCAAAAGUA